GAACAUAGAUACGAUGCCUCAUUCCCUUAUUGGAUUGGCCAACGAUGGAACGCUAAUAAAAACCAGUACGUAUGGGAUUUGGGUCAGCUACCAGCUAAAGGCGACUACUACAACUGGAUUCAAGGCCAUCCGAAUCGCGGAACAUACGGCGACUGCGUAGUCGCCACGAAUCAGCAGUUUGAUGUUCGCUGGAAAAGUGGUCACUGUACCGAAGAGAAAUACUUCUCCUGCCAGAAACCUGCAUGUGACAUCAAAAACUUCUGUGAAUACGCAAAAAACCCAACCAAAAUUGCUAAGUGA